AUGGUUGAAGAUGAAGAAAAACUGAGGCGAAUUCACCUGGGUAACGAUGAAUUUAGCGGGUUGAUCGGUGGCCUUGCGGGGAAUUUUGUCGAGAGUCAAGUUGGUGGUGGUGUUGGACAAAUUCUUGGUGGACUACUGCGAGGAGGUGGAAGGAGUCUAGAUCAUGGUGGAAUCGAUAUCGGGAAUUUAAUUGGUCAGUUUGUUGGAAGUAGCAGUCGAGGAACAGGUGGUGGAGGAGACAAUGUACCGAUCGAUUUUUUUCGUGGUGGUGUUAUCGAAGUGCUGUCAGAUAUGAUCGGUAAAGCGGCACAUCACUUUCUCGGUGUUGAUCCGCAUACAGGUCGUAUUAUCGGUGCAGUUGCCGGUAAUGUGCUGUUUGAUUUAGGUGGGAAAGAUAACAAAUUAUCGGAUAUUGGCAAAGUUGUUCUAGAUAACAUUAUUUCGGGAAAAUUUCAUCGGAAGGUUGAUCCUUAUAUUCCACGGGAACCACGUCUGAUUCCACAUCCACCAUCACCAAGACAAAAAGCCCAAGCACUUGACUUUUAUGAAACACGUGAUCGAUGUUUGCAGUCCAACACUCUUUUCGAAGAUCCAGAAUUUCUAGCGGAUGAUUCCAGUUUGUUCUACAGUAGACGACCUCCGAAGUUCGUCAAAUGGCUUCGCCCAGGAGAAAUCGUCCGUGAACCACUGUUAAUUUCGGAAGGACAAACUCGCUUCGAUGUGAUUCAAGGUGAAUUGGGAGACUGCUGGUUGAUGGCUGGUGCUGCAAGUUUGACUCUGCGUGAUGAGCUAUUCUAUCGUGUGAUCCCACCGGACCAGAGUUUCACCGAAAAUUAUGCUGGAAUAUUUCAUUUCCAAUUCUGGCAUUAUGGUGAUUGGGUGGAUGUGGUUAUUGAUGAUAGAUUACCAACAUCAAAUGGGGAACUUUUGUACAUGCAUUCCCGUGAAAAUAACGAAUUCUGGAGUGCUUUGAUGGAAAAAGCAUAUGCCAAAUUGUACGGCAACUAUGAAGUAUUAAGAGGUGGUACAACAUCGGAAGCGUUGGAAGACAUGACUGGUGGUUUAACAGAGUUUGUCGAUUUAAGAGAGCCACCGCCAAAUUUAUUGCAAAUGAUGUUUCGAGGCUUUGAAAUGGGUUCUCUGUUUGGAUGUAGUAUUGAGGCUUCAGCAUGGGAAUUCGAGGCACGUACACCGCAAGGGUUAGUCAAAGGUCAUGCCUAUAGCAUUACAGGAAUGAGACUGGUUGAAACAGGACAAGACAAAAUUCCGCUACUAAGACUCCGUAAUCCAUGGGGUAAUGAACAGGAAUGGAAUGGUGACUGGUCAGAUAACAGUGAAUUAUGGAAUUAUGUUUCCGAUCAGCAGAAGAAAGAUAUGAAUCUUGUCUUGGCGCAUGAUGGCGAAUUUUGGAUGUCAUUUGAUGACUUCAUGCGAUACUUCAAUAGAAUGGAAAUUUGCAAUUUGGGACCUGAUGUUAUGGAUGAAGUACGAGAGAUGACUGGUAUGUCGAUGAAAGAUGUUGGUUACGGACGCUGGAAUACUCGUUGCCACCUUGGCGCAUGGAUAGGUGAUAUGGCUGGUGGUUGCCGAAAUUAUUUAAAUACCUUUGCCAAUAACUCCCAAUUCGCCAUGACUUUAUCUAACCCAAAUCCUGAAGAUGAAGAUGGCCUUUGUACAGUAAUCAUUGCUGUGUUGCAAAAGAAUCGUCGUGAAAUGAAAGUCUAUGGAUUGGACAAUCUUGCUAUUGGUUUUGCUGUUUAUAAGGUCAAUGAAAUUUAUGGUCGUUUGGAUCGCAACUUUUUUGCAUCACAUAAAUCAUGCGCGAGAAAUGCUGCAUUUAUCAAUCUUCGUGAGGUAACUGGCCGUUUCCGCCUUCAACCCGGCAAUUACAUCAUAAUUCCAUCAACUUAUGAACCUGGUGAAGAAGGUGAAUACAUGCUUCGUAUGUACACCAAUGUGACCAUCUCUUCCGAGGAGCUUGGUUAA